AUGAAUAACUUUACAUCAAUAGGAAAAAAGAUUGUGGCUAUUGGUCGUAAUUUUAGCGAUCAUGCUAAAGAACUUGGUAGUACAGUACCCACAUCCCCUUUAUUUUUUCUUAAACCAACUUCUUCAUAUUUACUGCAAGGUGGUAGUGUGGAACUACCAAAAGGCUAUGCUCUCGGUAUCGACUUGACAGCUCGUGAUCUUCAGAAUGAAGCAAUAAAGAAAGGGCUUCCAUGGAGUGCGGCAAAGGGAUUCGAUACAUUUACCCCUAUUGGGUAA